AUGCGGUUGCUCCCGGAAUGGCUUCUCUUGCUCUUUGGCCCGUGGCUCCUGAGGAAGGCCGUCAAUGCGCAGAUACCGGACUCCGGGAGGCCGCAGUACCCGGAGCUGCGCCCCGCCUCGGCCGGAGGUGGCGCCCCAGGCCAUCAGCUCCCGGCAGCGCCCAAGUCCUCCGACGGCCUGGGCACCGCGCGCGCCUGGAGCUGGGCCUGGCCGGCUAACCACACGGGGGCACUGGCCCGGGCCGGGGCGGCGGGAGCGCCCGCGCAGCGCACGAAGAGAAAGCCGUCCAUCAAAGCGGCCCGCGCCAAAAAGAUCUUUGGCUGGGGGGACUUUUACUUCCGGGUGCACACUCUCAAGUUCUCGCUGCUGGUGACGGGGAAGAUCGUGGACCAUGUGAACGGCACCUUCAGCGUCUACUUCCGCCACAACUCGUCCAGCCUGGGCAACCUCAGCGUCAGCAUCGUGCCGCCCUCCAAGCGUGUGGAGUUCGGGGGCGUCUGGCUGCCGGGGCCCGCCGCCCACCCGCUGCAGUCUACGCUGGCCCUGGAGGGGGUGCUCCCCGGGCUGGGGCCCCCGCUGGGGAUAGCGGCGGCGGGGCCGGGGCUCGGGGGCGCCCUCGGCGGUGCGCUGGCGGGUCCGCUCGGGGGCGCGCUGGGGGUGCCUGGGGCCAAAGAGUCGCGCGCUUUCAACUGCCACGUGGAGUACGAGAAGACGGACCGCGCGCGCAAGCACCGCCCGUGCCUGUACGACCCGUCUCAGGCGUGUUUCACCGAGCACACGCAGAGCCAGGCCGCCUGGCUGUGCGCCAAGCCCUUCAAAGUCAUCUGCAUCUUCGUCUCCUUCCUCAGCUUUGACUACAAACUGGUGCAGAAGGUGUGCCCAGACUAUAACUUCCAGAGCGAGCACCCCUACUUUGGGUAG